CAUCAGCGCCAACAGACGUGAAUCACUCGCAUCCGUGUCGACGUGACGAUCUGGAAAGUUCACGAAAAGACACAUAUGGACAGACUUAAAGACACGUGGAGACCUAAAAGGGGACAGACGACGCUUGACAUCUGGGGAGACGUAGAAGUCGACUGGCAGACAUCGGAGGAUAGACAAGUUCAUGAAAAGAUGUGUGCUCAGACUUAAAAGGCACGCGGAGACAUAAAAGUCAGCUUCGAGGCAUCUGUGGAGUCGACAUAAAAGAGGAUUGGAGGCAUAAAAGUAGACAUUAAAUCGCUCCAAGACCAAAAAAAAGGCAACUUGAAAGACACUCUGAGAAAGGCAGACACGAAAGACAAUACAAGUGACAAGAGCAGACUUAAUUAAAGACACCCGAAGACAUACAAGUAGAUGUUUGAGACAAUUGGGGACAUCAAAGUAGACAUAAGUGCAAACCAGCAAGUAAUUGGUGUUGCAGUUGUUACUGUUCCGAAUCAGAAUCGUCUUUAUUGCCAAGUAUGUCAAAAACACACGCGGAAUUAUUUGGAGCCGCUCUCUCUCGUAUGACAACAGACCUGCAGGUAGCCGGAAUGCCAGCCAAACAGACAAAGAAGACGGACGGCGGUGAGCUGUCGUACGCGACGCUGGAGUGUUGCGGGUUUUAAUCCAGACUUCUGGCGAACUUCUGACUCACAUCUUUCCAGAAGACUUUAGCCUGUGUUGUCUCUUAGAUUCUGCUAACCUUUUUCUCCUCUCUCCAACAAACUCUCCAUCUUCAUAUGACGUCUCCUUGCAGCCCUGAAGGCCGACAGCGAGGGUGAGGUGAACCGGGCGGACGGUUUGAGAUCGGCAGGAUCGGCGUCCAUCAUCCGGACGGAAUCGGAGCGUGAGCGCAAGCGGGAACGGCUGGAGGAGGAAGCUGAUGAUGAGGAUUUAGCAGCCCUCUGCGCUCCUCCCACUUUGUCCAUCACAGAGGAGAUCCUGGAGUUGAUCAACCAGAGCCGAGCAAAGGAGGGCCUGGUUUCCGUGGAGCAGGUCCUGGAUCAGCCCCCCGAGUCGCAGCAGCCACCUUAUGAAAGCAACUUCACCUGCCCGCUGCCCCCAGUUGCCUCCAGUCCGGAGGACAGGCUCACGCUGGACCCCCAGCAGGAGGAAGUGGAAACUCGCCAGGACAUAGCCACUGAAGAGCAGACUGCUGGGUGUCAAAACGGACUUGAAAGUGCUAACGUGGUCCCUGAGAGGGUGGAAAACCGACUGUAUGCAGAGGAAGAGCCACAGGGGGAAGAGUUGGAACAAGAAGUGGAUAUUAGGAAAACACGGGAAGAAGGCGAGCAAGAGAAGACUCUCACCAUGGCGACCCCACACUCUCCCCCAACAGAACUUCCUCCUUCCAUCACAAUCCUGGAGGACAGUGUGGGGAGUAGUCACUUACUUUUGGAGAAGGCCACCAAUUCCUCCCUAAAUCCAAAUGACUCUCAUCAAGCCAGCCCAAGCGGUAAGCCAAAAAGAGGCUCUGCUCUGACCAGACAUGACAAGAGGAUCAUUGAAAAGAUCAGAAGUUAUUACGAGGCUGCAGCUGGGCUGGAAGAGGACCAUGAGGCCGAACAUGCCAGACAGGAAGAAGACGAGACAUCCAGAAGGAGGAACAGUUUCUCUCAAAUCCCCACGGGACUUGUUAAAGAUUCUGUGUCACGUUUCACAUGUGACAAUCAAGAGGAGGCCAAGAAUGAACCAAUUGAAACAGAGACUGAUCAUGAGGUAGGGAUGGCUUCCCCAGCUGGUCCGGCCUCUCUCGUACUGCCAGAAGACUCUCAUGAUCAUGAUAGACAUGCUGACACACCGAUAGGCCUCCUCGAUUUGGAGGACAAAGACAAAAGUCCCGCUGAUAAAUCACCAAUCUCCACCCGAAUGGAAGACGGUGGAAAUCCAAAUGAGGUCCCUCUGAGUCUGCCGUCAACUAGCAUUCAGUCGAGUGAAGUUGAGAAGGAAAUUGUGGGGGGAAAUGGAAAUGUCAGCAACAAACAAUCAGAGGAAGAACUAAAUGAGAGAGUGAAGAACAGUAAACAAGAUGAAAAUUCACAGCAAGAAGAUGGCCAUUCUACAGAGAGAAAUGACACAAGUAAAAGUGUUCAUUCGGCAAGGACGAAUGAGUCUGAAUGUAACCUAAAAGAAUCAAAGGAAGAAAAGGGAAGUCUCGACGAAUCCUCAAGAACUAUUUCAGAUGGCGUACAAUGUCAUAAAACAACAUCCACUUGGACUAAAAGCAAACAUAAAGAUGUGAUCAAGUCCAGUAGAAACCCUGAAGAACUUCCAAGCCAAAUUAAAUUUGGACGAGUUUCCCGACAGUCCAGGAUUGUCUCAACUAACCGGGCGUUGUUUGAGGGCACAGUCUCUGACAUCACAGGAAUCGGGUUAUUUGAGGCUAGCCCUGUGACAGACCCCUCGCUGUUGGAGAACUCUGAGCGUAUCCUGACCAAAGUCAAAACUCUUGCCAGUAUGUACAGUGCCAAAUCCAGCUCCAUGAAGGUCCCCUUGCAUCAAAAACGGGCCAUUUUUGUUCGGAGCAAAGCCGGCGAUUUGACUGGGCUGUCUUCAGUUUCAAACCAGACUCGGUGUAAUUCUCAGACAAAAUAUACAAUGGAAAUGAAAAAACACCCAAAAUGUGACAUCCCAAGUCAUGCACCUGCCAAAUUAAGUCACAGUCCUGCAGAUGCCAAGCCCAAGCCAAGGCCCAAUUCUGAUGCACAGACAGACAACAAGAAGGAAUCCCAAAUAUCCUCUCAGACGAAUGUGCAGAACAAUUCCAUCACUCAGAGCAGGAACAAAUUGCACGUCCCUCCUACAGCGCAGAUGUUGUCUGGAAGCCAGAAUCACACAAAGACCAACAGCAAAAACCAGAAUCAUGCCAGAAGACAGGAGGACAAAAGGAGCCUGCGGGAAAUACUUGUGAAAGAAAUAAAUGAUGUCCAGGAGAAGGUGGUGCCCGGUGACCAGCAAAACUCUACCUGUAAACUUCAGACACAUGGAUUCACCCUCUCCAGGCCCAGGGACUUCAUCGCGGCGCUGAACAAAGAACAGGACCACAGUAGACUGGACGAUAAACUUCAGAAAUCCAUCACACCAGAGGCGAUGUCACCCGUUUCACUGAGAACCUCUUGUUCCGGUCUCACUCGGGAUAAGAGUAACACCCUCAGGUCGCAGCUGACAGAACACCAUGUUUACACAGAAGACUCAGCGUCUGUAAGCAGCAUUGUUCACCACUCCAGUCUGUCUUCUCACAUACCACACUGGAAUGUUUCCAAAGAUAAAGAUCCUCAUUACCAAUAUAAACAGGAUUCACCAGCUGUGCAAGACAAACAUGAGCCACAAUACAAGAUCCCUGCUAAGCAUCGUGGGAGUACAAGUGAAGCAAGAAAAGACAUGCACAGGAUUCACUCACAGCCUGAAUACUUGGUGUGCACCGGACCCAGGCAUGGAGACUCAAGCCCAGGAGAGAUGAUUAUGUUGUCAUCAGCAAAGAACCUGUUGUCCGCACAACAUCAGACUUUGGUUGUACAAAAAUCCCAACAGCCCAUCGAGGAGUGCCCUAAAGAAGCUGUAAACCUGGUGGGAGGAAGACAUCCUGUUCUGGCUGUCUCUGGAGGGUCAAGCAAAGAGGAUCUAUCAACAAUUAAUAAGACCAAGUGUGAAUUAAUGAGUUAUUUACCGCAAACAUGGAAAUAUUUGCCAGAUAUGAAAGGUCCUGGGCCAACAUUUCUGAGAAAACCAAGAGAGGGCCCAAGUCCAGUGUCGUCAGUGCAAGUCCUGGAAUCAAAUGUCUCUGAAACACACUCUCCAUCGGUGGAGUCUCAUGAUCGUCCACCAAAAUUCCUCAGCCAGAAGACACCGUACUUCCAAGCCAUGCCUAACACCUGGAAAGUCAAUAACACCACUUCAUAUGAAUAUAGGGAACAAGACCACCAGGGUACAGGACCGUCCACCAGCCGUCCCAUCUUAGGUCCCCUCUCCGGAUGCUGCUCUCCUCCCCGAGCUUUGUUGGAUGUAUUCUAUCAGGUGGAGACAUCAAGUUCCCUCAUGGUCCCACCUGGCCAGGACACGCAUUUAAGAACAUCACCCUCUGUCUUCAGGCACACCUCUCCAUCCCCCGUUAGAACUUCUCCCCCCUCACCAAACCUCACACCGUCCUCCUUUUCCGUCAGGGCAUCCACUUGCUCUUCACCAUUCAGGGUUAUUCCGUCUUCUCCCACCCCCUUAGCUAAUGAAGGCUUUGUUUCUCCAGACACCAUAUCCAGGAAUCCCCCAUGUUUCUCUGCUCCUCCGUCAUCUGUAAGGAGUUUCUCCAAAAGGGCUCCUCCUGCCUCCUCUCCGACGCCCUCCUCUGCUUUCAGUCACAGUUCAUUCAAAGGAGCAGGACCUAUACCGUCCUCUCCCCUCCGCUCUCCACCUUGCUCCUCUCCCGUUACAUCAUCCUCCACAUUCACAAGAUCCUUAGCUGCCUCCUGCAUCAGUCAAACUUUGGCCAAAAAGAACAAUGUCCGGCAUCAAGUCCAAAGCUCAUAUACACAAGGUCCUCCCUCCACACCAUCCUUACCAAAUUCUCAUCCGCACCGGUGCUCCCAGUCACCUCGGCUCUCUCACAGCCAGGACGUUUCCUCCACACCAGUUUAUUCCCAUUUGGAGUCUGCUAUCGAUGGGAAUCCAUGCUAUCCGCCAUCUUCUGCCCACUUGACUUUUCAAUCCAAUUCCCAAAACCCUUUUUCUUCUUCUUUAUCUACGAGGCAGAGUCACUGUCCGCCUCUGUCCAGCACCUCUGCUCAUCAUCAUCACUCCCUCAGCCACAACAUGGACUCAUCACAGAAUGCCAACAGCAGCAACAAAGUAAGCUUGCCUACAAGUGCUAACUGUGCUGUUAGCAAUGGAAGCUGCUCUGCCAGUCCACAGAAGGUGCCGUUAGCUAAUGUUAGCACCAGUUGCACCAUGGUACAAAAAAACAGUGAUCGUCUCUCCUUUGGGUCACACAACCGCAUAGCGCGACCGUUUUCUGCAUCCGAGCCAAACUCAAGAGUCCCAUCUCCAACUCCAGCUGUGAGCCCCCCUUCUUUUGCGCGCCUCUGCUCGCCUGCGCCCCAGCAUAAUUACGCUUCCGCCAUGGCAAACAAGCCUCCCGAACCCAGAGGCUCGUGGACUGCAGGGGCAAGUUCCCAUAAUCCAUUAGGUCUAACUCUGGAGAUUCCUGAGGCCUCCUCAGCAAGUCUUUCAUUUGGACCGGCUUCCUCAUGCGUGAGCCCUGAAAUCCUCUCGCCGCCUGCUAUCGGUGUGUCAGUUUGGACUUGUGAUGUCGCUGCACCGCAACCGAGAAAUCCACAAUUUACCUCCCCCUCUCGCUCCUUUUCUUCUUGUUCCAGUCAAACAACGCAGGAGAAAGCAAGCUUUUCCUCCUCCCCUUUUCCCCCACUCUACAGUCUAAGUGCUGAAUCCCCUUACGGACACGACAAUAAGCCCCACACCUUACGGAGGUCUCACUCCAGCCUGUCAGAGACUCACCCGAGCCCACUUCAGAGUGGACCUGAAGGACCAUGUUACUUCUGGGGCGAGAGUAGCCAGAGGUCUCUUGGCUUCACUGACACUUUUGACCAGCGAGGAUCUGGUCCGGUCAGCCCAAGGAGCGGAUGGUCCUCCAAUGACGGUUCACCAUCUUGCCUCAGCCCUCGAGGUGGACUUCAGUCUCCAGUCUCUCCCAGGAGGGUUGCCCCUAGGAGGAGUGACUUUGGCAGAGCACUUCACUUCAGCAGUGAACCUUGGCUGGAUGGACAGGUGGUCUGUAACAACUAUAAUGGACUCGAUGGCUUCUAUGCAGGUGGUAGCACCACUGCUGUCACCUUGCCUUCUCCGCCAAACUCCCUCUCGCAAUCCCUCCGCUCCUCAAUGGCUGCAGAAUGGGGAGAUCCGGAGCUGGAACAGGGGAGCUGUCGGAGCCAACUGAUUUGCGCCUACGUUGGCGGACCGCCACCAGAACCAAACCUUUCCUCCUCCUGCGUGGUCCUAUCUCCCCCUCCAGUCGCCCACCACCAAAUCUACCAGGCCCACUUGCAAUCACCUCCCCAGUCCCCCAACGUAGCACCUUCCAGAUCAUCACCGGCAGCCUUUGCCUGUCCGUCACUGAACAAAGUGUCUAAUCAGAAGACGAGCUACGCUACCACCGUCAACCUGCAGAUAGCUGGAAGUGGUCGAAUAACUUCCUUCAGCACCGCCCAUGUGAGCAUGAACCAGACGCCGCCCGGUGGACCGGGAUGCAGAGAACUUCACAUGCCGAGACGAGUAAGCAUCAACGGACUGUCGCACACUUCUUCUCCGCUUCCUCAGAACUGCGGCAAGCUAUGAGUGAAGCGGUCUGGGCGUCAUUGGAUUAUGUUCACGUUUUGAGGAAGAUGAUGUGGUGACUUCAGUUCAUGAUGACUUUUCAAGAUGCUUGUCAAUGUGGAAAACAUGUGAAUGAGAUGUCUUCAGAGAGUCAAAGAAAAAAGUACAGAAACUCUGGAUGUCUUUUGAGAUGUGAAGUUUUCACCACCUCCGUUUGAAGCCUUAGUGCAAAACAAUCGAAACAGUUAAGGUCCUCUGUCCGACAAAUGCUGUCAUGAGUUGUCACUAUCGUGAGUUGUAAUAUUAUUGUUCAUAUUUGUAUUCUUAAUUAAUAACCAUUUGUAGUCAUUGUAUUGUUUAUUUAUGAAUUCUUGUUGGCACUUAGCAGCAGAUGAUUUGCACAGCGUGCUCAGAUCUUCGGCGUGUUUGUGCUGGAGAUGACGUGUCUGGAACAUUAGGACCAAUUCAGCAAAAAGAUGAUUGCAAAUCCCUAGGAGCAAAUCUGUGGGCAUUUGUCGACGUCUUUGUUACCUUGAGGGCGGUAUUGCAAAGUCCCUUCUUGCGUGGCAUUCAUUUGGGUUCAGAGAGGAAAAGAGCAACAACAGAUGAGGAAUGUUUCAGAAACACUAAGAUGUUUGCUCCCAAAUGGACGUCCUCACUUUGUCGUUCACAAAAAUGCACAAUAGCCAUAAAAAGUACAAUGGGACCUUGACUUACCAUUUGAAUUGGUUCCAUGAUCGAGCUCGUCACUCAGGUUACUCGUCGAGUAAAUCAAAUUUAACAUUUAACCCAUUGACAUGAUAUGCCAUGAAUCCGUUUCGGACCCAAAACACCACAAGUUUUUGGUCACGUUUUAAAAAUAGCACUGUAUUGUAUCAAAAAAUAAAGAUGUAACCAUUCAUUCACUACAUAUAAUGUACCGAUUUAUAUUCCUGCGAUCCCACUACAUUGGUCCGUGCUCGGCAAGUUGGCCUUCCGAACGAAUUGUAUAUCGAUAUAAGAGAAAAUCAAUUGAUUGCAUCGAUACUAGGAAAUGAAAUCAUGUCAACUAGCGGACACUGUUUUCAAGCCUCACGUUGUGUUUCAAAGAGCACUUCUUUAGCACUCUCUGUAUUAUUCACACGAUUCCUAAAAGCUUUUGCUCGUGGAAACCUCACAGUGCUUCAUUCCUAGCCAUUACUAUUUGACCGUUUAGAACGGAUUCUCAAACUUUUUGGCUCCAGCCAGGGACCCCUUAGAGUGGACACAUUUUUCCAAGGACCCCCUCAAAAUUCUAACACGAAUUGAACAUCUUCUUUCGGGGGGGGGGGGGGAAACUGAACGAACCAGUAAAAUCAUGGCUGAAAUAAUAGGAAUAACAAGUUGCUGUUCCCCUUAGUUUUAUUGCAAAGCAAAACCAGUGCAUCAGGAAAAUCUUUACAUUGAAUGACCAUAAUGAAUUUGACCUGAUUACCUAACAAGAAACAACAGGAAUUUAGGAAAUUUCACCUGCACUGUCCAGUAUGCGAUUAUUUAUUUCAAGUCACACUGGAUACAUUUUUGACGAAAAGGUGACUGAAUCGACUUCAAGCCUCUGAAUUGUUUCGCAUCGUAUCGUUCUAAGUGAGCAAUUCAUCUCCUUGAAUCGAAUAGGCAACCACAAAUUGUGAUACAAAUCCAAUUGUUGUCAAAACAAAUACUUACACCCCUAACCCAUUCACUGCCAGUCCUCCAUAUUAACAUUUGAAUUCAACAGCCGUCAAUGGCAGCGAAUGAGCUAAUAAAAACAUAACAAAAAAAGUGUAAACAAUACAAUUACUCUACUGCAGUAUUUGUGUGUCGUGACCCAAAUUUGUCUUGCAACACGAAGCAAAAAAUUGGCUCGUACCAAAAAACUGGUAGGUUGAGACACUGAUUAAGUCGAGGUACCAGUGUAGUACACAAUGUUCGUUUCCUUCGUUUCUCAAUCAUGACUGACAGGUGCUAAAGACCGUUUCGGUGGACUUUGGAGCUAAAGUUACACAAUCUUUUAAAUGAGAAAACUCAAUCAAUGUGAAGAUGGAGACAUCUGAACUUUUGUGUGUGUUUUUGUCCUAAAACAAGACAGCUGCAGAUUCGCAUCGACUUGCCCGAGCUGGCGCACACGCAAGGACAUGUUUCUGUGCGUGUGUUCGAUGUUUAACGUGUAGGAUACCAACCACAGUGAGAUUUGCAUUCUGAUUACACAAACUUUAAUGGGGGCUGAAACAGAUUUCAAAAAGGAAAAAGCCAACGAACAAAUAAAUUGUGCCAUGCAGAACCCAAA